GGGGGCGCUAGCGCGGGAGGACUGGGCCGGGGUCCGCGCGCGUGCGGUGGCGCGGCCGAGCGUGGGUGCCCGGGUCGCGGUCCUCAGUGAGAGUGACUCGGCCUGUGACGCGGGCGCGUUCCUUCCUCUUCCUCUUCCUCCGCGGCCCCGCCUUCCUUCCCUCCGCCCAUCUCCCGCCGCGGAGGAGCCGCCGCCAGCCGCGCCGUCAUGUCGGCCCCCGCCGGGUCCCCUCACCCGGCCGCCGGCGCCCGGAUGCCGCCCAAGCUCGGCGGAGUAGUCCCCGGCCUGGCGCCGCCGCAGCAGAACGGUCCAGCACAGAGUCAAAUGCAAGUUCCAUCUGGGUAUGGGUUGCCUCAUCAAAACUAUAUGGCCUCCUCAGGACAUUACUCUCAAGGACCUGGGAAAAUGGCUUCCUUGCCAUUGGAUAACCAGUGCGAUAAUUACUACUCUCGUCCAUAUACAGUACCAACACAAAAUGUGGGGACUCCCAGCUCAGUAAACCAACCAGGAGCACAGCAGAUGUAUGGCAGAGGUCCUUCUGUCCCUCACAUGGGGGGACCCACGCCAGGAUCUUUCCAAGGAGCUCCAGCAUCAGCAUCCCACUCAUCUACGAGUGUCUCCCAGCCCUAUUCCUCUCUUGGGAAUCGCUACAGUAGUCCUGCCGCGUACUCUGCCAACGCUUCUGUCGCUUCUCAGGGAUAUCCCUCCACCUGUAGUCAUUAUCCCAUCUCAACUGUGUCGAAUGUUGUGUAUCCUAAUGUUUCAUAUCCCUCACUGCCUGCCAGUGAGCCAUAUGGGCAGAUGUUUACCUCACAGAAUGCUCCUCCACCUGCCAGGCCACUUAAAGAGCCAUACUCUGGCCCAAGCACAGCUAUUACCUACCCAUCGAGACCUCCACCUCCGCCUUCCCAGCAGCAGCAGCAGCAGCAGAGUCAUUCAGGAUACAGUUCUCUAUCAUGGUCAGGUCCAGGCCUUCCACCAGCUCAAGACAGCCUCAUCCGAAACCAGAUGGGAUCCUUGGCUACAGCCAACAGCCACCCAACAAAUAACGAAAAUGUCCAACUUACCAAGUCCAGCUCUGUAGUAUCCACAGUUUUGCCAGGACCCUCAUCAACAAGAAUGCCACCUGCUCCAAGUCACCCAGUUGGGCCUGUGCCGUCCAUUCCACCACCCCCAGAGCAAAUGCAGACAAAAGGCAUGCAGUAUGGUGACUAUGUUAAUAAUCAAGCUAGCUCCACACCAACUCCCUUGUCAUCAGCUUCCGAUGAUGAGGAAGAGGAGGAUGAGGAUGAGGAAGCAGGUGUAGACAGCUCUUCUACCACGAGCAGCGCUUCACCCUUGCCCAACAGUUACGACGCCUUGGAAGGAGGCAGCUACCCAGAUAUGCAUUCUUCUUCAGCAAGCAGCCCUGUUCCAGAUCGUGCCCUGGAACCUAACUCCUCCCUCGCCCAGGCUCUGUCUGCAGCCCCCACUCCCGCUGCUGCUCAGCCAGCAAAGGUAGCAAAGCCCUUUGGCUAUGGCUACCCAACUCUGCAGCCUGCCUAUCAGAAUGCAGCACCACCACCCACCCCUGCAGCACAUCCCAGUGGCCCUGUGUAUUCUGGAUAUCCCCAGCAUUACCCAGGGGUGAACCAGCUGUCCUCAGGUCUAGGAGGACUAAGCCUUCAGAGUUCUCCACAGCCAGAAAGCCUAAGACCUGUAAACCUCACCCAGGAGAAGAAUAUCUUACCUGCAACACCUAUUUGGGCUCCUGUACCCAACUUGAGUGCAGAACUCAACAAGUUAAACUGUAGCCCAGAUUCCUUUCGAUGUACCUUGACCAGUAUCCCACAGACACAGGCUUUACUGAAUAAAGCUAAGCUUCCUUUAGGAUUGUUGUUGCAUCCCUUCAGAGACCUGACGCAAUUGCCAGUGAUAACCUCAAACACCAUUGUGAGGUGCCGGUCCUGUCGGACGUACAUCAACCCGUUCGUGUCCUUCAUCGAUCAGCGGAGAUGGAAGUGCAACCUGUGCUAUAGAGUUAAUGAUGUUCCAGAAGAGUUUUUGUACAACCCCCUGACUCGGUCUUACGGAGAGCCUCAUAAACGGCCGGAAGUUCAGAAUUCCACUGUGGAGUUCAUCGCUUCCUCAGACUACAUGCUCCGGCCUCCUCAGCCUGCUGUCUACUUGUUUGUUUUAGAUGUAUCUCACAACGCAGUAGAAGCUGGGUAUUUGGCAGUUUUAUGCCAGUCCUUAUUAGAAAACUUAGACAAGCUUCCUGGAGAUUCACGAACAAGAAUAGGAUUCAUGACUUUUGACAGCACCAUUCAUUUCUACAAUCUACAGGAAGGAUUAUCCCAGCCUCAGAUGUUGAUUGUAUCUGAUAUAGACGAUGUUUUUCUGCCCACGCCGGAUAGUCUGCUUGUGAAUCUGUAUGAAAGUAAAGAGCUUAUAAAAGACUUAUUGAACGCAUUACCAAAUAUGUUCAUCAAUACCAGAGAAACGCAUAGUGCCCUUGGACCUGCACUUCAGGCUGCCUUCAAACUAAUGUCUCCCACGGGUGGCCGAGUGUCUGUAUUUCAGACACAGUUACCUUCCUUGGGGGCAGGACUUCUGCAGUCCAGAGAAGAUCCAAAUCAGAGGUCAAGUACCAAGGUGGUGCACCAUCUUGGCCCUGCAACCGAUUUUUAUAAGAAGCUUGCUUUAGACUGCUCAGGACAGCAAACUGCAGUGGAUUUGUUCCUUCUGAGUUCACAGUAUUCUGACCUUGCUUCUCUGGCUUGCAUGUCCAAGUACUCUGCAGGGUGCAUAUUCUACUAUCCAUCUUUCCACUCUACCCACAAUCCUUCGCAAGCAGAAAAGUUACAAAAAGACCUGAAACGGUACCUCACUAGGAAGAUUGGAUUUGAAGCUGUCAUGAGAAUAAGAUGCACUAAAGGACUUUCAAUGCAUACUUUCCACGGGAACUUCUUUGUCCGUUCCACUGACUUACUGUCUCUUGCCAACAUUAAUCCUGACGCUGGAUUUGCAGUACAGCUAUCAAUUGAAGAAAGUCUGACAGAUACUUCCUUAGUGUGCUUUCAGACAGCCCUGUUGUACACAUCAAGCAAAGGCGAACGGAGAAUUCGGGUGCAUACACUGUGCUUACCAGUUGUAAGUUCGCUCGCUGAAGUUUAUGCAGGAGUAGAUGUGCAAGCUGCCAUCUGCCUUCUGGCCAACAUGGCUGUGGACCGCUCAGUGUCCUCGAGCCUGUCGGAUGCCAGGGAUGCCUUGGUGAAUGCAGUGGUGGACCCGCUGUCCGCCUACAGCUCAGCAGUGUCGGGUGGGCCCCGCUCCACCCUGACAGCACCAAGCUCACUGAAGCUGCUCCCGCUCUAUGUUUUGGCACUUCUCAAACAGAAAGCAUUCAGAACAGGUACAAGCACGCGCCUGGAUGACCGUGUGUAUGCCAUGUGUCAGAUGAAGUCGCAGCCACUUGUGCAUCUAAUGAAGAUGAUCCAUCCCAACUUAUACAGGAUAGACAGGCUGACAGACGAGGGCGCCAUCCAUGUUAAUGACAGGGUAGUACCUCAGCCACCUCUUCAGAAACUGUCUGCAGAGAAACUGACCAGAGAAGGCGCUUUCCUCAUGGACUGUGGCUCAGUUUUCUACAUUUGGAUUGGCAAAGGCUGUGACAAUAACUUCAUAGAGAAUGUGCUUGGGUGUCCUGAUUUUGCAUCAGUACCACAGAAAAUGACACAGCUUCCAGAGCUAGACACACUUCCAUCAGAAAGAACUAGAUCCUUUGUGACUUGGCUUAGAGACAGCCGACCAUUAAGCCCUGUCCUGCACAUGGUAAAAGAUGAGAGUCCUGCCAAAACAGAUUUUUUCCAGCAUUUGAUUGAAGACCGCACGGAAGCCGCGUUCUCCUAUUACGAGUUUCUCAUUCACAUCCAGCAGCAGAUUUGUAAGUGAGGGAAACAGCCGAGUCAGACGGACGCUCCUCAGCAGGUGGAGCUCCAUCCAUCAGAAGCACACAGGGGACUUGAGACACGACCGACGUAUUUGCUGUUAGAAGACACAAUGCACAUCACUCUGUCUGAGGCCUGGGCCAGAGAUUACGGAAGAGAGAGAGAGACAGAGCAGAGCCCUCCCAGGACACUGCCACAGCCAUCGGAUGGAGUCGGUUUCUGCGCACUCUCAGGAGAGCAGCAGUGCUUUUCUGCCAGCCAGCAGGCCUGAGGACCGUGGAAUGACAUGUCACAAUCUAAAACCAGAUGAAGUCACCAUACAAUUAACAUUUCUGGACUUGAACUCUGACAAGAGAUGCCAAAGGGCAGCGGUACUGUGGUACUCGUUUGUAUGAAUUACUUUUUAACAGGAAUGAUUCAUGUUCAUUAAAUGAAUUCAACAUUUUCCCUGUAAAGACAAUAGAGUUUCAGUACACGAACUAUAGAACAAUAUAUAUAAUGUACAUAAGUGUUACAUUUGUAAAGAAAAUGUAAAAUGUAACUAAGGAUAUGAAUUGCUUCCACUGUGCUGCAUUGUUGGAUGACAGCUCUGUCAGUGAGGGAAUGAGAUUGACUAAUGCAUAUUAUGAAUGAAGUCCACAGAAGAAACAGGAAACUUUGUAAUUCUGUUAAAUCUUUUAUGUGGAUUUAUUUAUGAUCAGCCUACUAAUUAAAAAUAUUUUGCUUGACAGUUGGUUUGGUGGUUUGUUUGUUUGUUUGUAGAAGUUUUUUGGUUUUGGUGGUAUUGGAGAUAUUUUUUAAACAGUAGGAAUCUUAAAUUUGCUGCUUGGAGAAAAUGCAAUACCAAGUUUCAUUCAUCAGUGAAUGAAUACAUUGUCAUUAGUUUGUGGGAACUACCAAGUGAUUACUGUUUGUAUUCUAAAAACAUGAUGUCAUUUUCAGAAUACAUUUAAUGACUAAGCAUAAUCUAAAUCUCAUUUAAAUUAAGGAUUUUUUUUCCUACCUAUUUGUAAUGAGGAUUUUUUAAGAACAUGUGACUUUCCUUUUUAAUUGACUUGACAAUUAUCAUAUUGAACUCUGAGAGAUUUUUGUUCUGAUCAAGAAUUCUGUCAUUCACAGCAGGUUAUUUGCUAUAAAAAUUGAUGAUGAUCCAUUGGA